GCGCAGGCAUUGGUUGCGUUGCAUGUUGGGAGACUAUACCCUUCUUCUCUGCUUCCAAAUCCACCACCUUCCCCGUUCUCUCCGCCGUCCGCCGCCACUCUCCAUCGGUCCCUUUCGUCUCCUCUUCCCCCAACCUCGUCAUGUCUCCCCCUGAACCUCUCAUUCUAACUCCACUCCAACACUCUCCUCUUUUCGAUUACCACUGCCUCGAUCAACAACUUCUCCGCACCCUCGCUUACGACGCCCUCGUUUGGAGCUCUCUCCACGGCCUCCUCGUUGCCGAUAAAUCCGUUCAGAAUUCGGGAAGCGUUCCUGGCGUGGGAUUGGUGCAUGCUCCGGUUGCCUUGUUACCCACGCCAUUUCCGGAAAACCACUGGAGCGAGGCGAUUGAGUUGGCUCCUAUUUUCAAUGAACUCGUUGAUCGGAUCAGCUUGGAUGCAACGUUUCUCCAACAGUCUCUCUCCGGAACUAAGAAAGCGGAUGAGUUCACUUCAAGACUUCUGGAUAUUCAUUCCAAGAUGCUACAGAUUGACAAGAAAGAGGAAAUUCGAUUGGGGUUACAUCGUUCAGAUUAUAUGCUUGAUGAAAAGACUAAAUCACUUUUGCAAAUAGAACUGAACACUAUUGCCUCUUCAUUUGCCGGUCUGAGUAAUCUUGUGACUGAACUUCAUAGAUACAUACUUUCUCGCCAUGGAAAUUUGCUUGGACUAGAUUCCAAAAGCAUCCCUGCCAACAAUGCCGUCAAUCAGUAUGCAGAGGCCUUAGCUAAAGCUUGGAGUGAGUAUAACAACCCGAGGGCGGUGAUCAUGAUUGUGGUUCAGGCUGAAGAACGGAACAUGUACGACCAGCAUUUUCUUUCUGCUGUUCUUAGAGAAAAGCAUAAUAUUUCAACUAUACGAAAGACGUUAGCAGAAGUUGAUCAAGAAGGAGAAAUUCUUCCCGAUGGAACACUUUCAGUGAAUGGACAAGCUAUUUCAGUCAUUUAUUUCCGGGCUGGCUAUACACCAGAUGACUAUCCUUCAGAAUCAGAAUGGAGAGCUAGGUUACUGAUGGAACAAUCUUCUGCCAUCAAAUGUCCUUCCAUAUCCUAUCAUUUGGCUGGCACCAAAAAGAUUCAGCAGGAACUUGCAAAGCCUGGUGUGCUUGAGAGGUUCCUUGAAAGCAAAGAUGACAUUGCCAAACUGCGUAAAAGCUUUGCUGGGUUGUGGUGUUUGGAUGACCCUAACAUUGUUAGAAAAGCAAUUGAAAAGCCGGAGUUAUUUGUGAUGAAACCCCAAAGAGAAGGAGGAGGAAACAAUAUUUACGGUGAUGAUGUGAGGGAAACCCUCCUAAAAUUGCAGCAAGCAGGUUCUCAAGAAGAUGGAGCUUACAUCCUUAUGCAGAGGAUAUUUCCAUCUGUUUCUGCAGCAAUUUUGAUGCGUAAUGGUUGUUGGCAUAAAGAUCGUGUAGUUUCAGAACUUGGUGUGUUCGGUACUUAUUUAAGAAAUAAGAAUAGGGUUAUCAUGAACAAACAAAGCGGUUAUUUGGUGCGUACAAAAAUAUCAUCAUCUGAUGAAGGUGGGGUUGCAGCCGGUUUUGCAGUGUUAGAUAGUCUAUACCUGACCUGAAGGAGCCAACACUAUAUACC